AUGACUUCACCUCGUCGACAACAACAAGUGCCUGAACUAGAAACAGCAACAUUACAUAUGUCUAUAUCACCGCGAACAACACCCGUCGAUUGGAAAUUACGUUAUGAAACAUUACACUUUGAACAUCAACUUGAAAUAGAACGUGUACGUCUGCAUUAUGAACAUGAACUUAAAGAUAAAAUCACAGAAAUGAGAAUACAAUUGAAGCGUGAAUAUGAACAUCAAUUUGCUGGAUUUCGAGCCCGUUUACAUGAACAACAACAACAGCAGCAGCAAUACUUACUUAAUUUAAGUUCAAGUAGUCUUGGUAUUGAUCAAAGUAUAGGUGAAAAAGUUCGAGAACAAGUACGUCUUGCUCAAGAAUAUGAAAGUUUUGAUGAUGAACGUCGACAAAUAUUAUUACAACAGUCAACUGAUAAUGAUGAGUUGAAACGGCUUAUUAAUAAAUUACACACUGAAGGUGUACAUGUAUUAACAUUAAGUGAACUUCUCUCUUUGCGAUUAAAUGGUGUUAAUAUUAGUACAACAGAAGAUUCGAUACGUUCAUUACAAAAGUUAAACGAAGAAAAUUCAUUUCUUCGUUCACUUAUUGGCAAUAUGAAUACCAAUGAGUCAAGUAAUAAAUUAAUAAAAUGUAUUGCCGAUGUAUUUCGUUGUGAACAAGAACGCCGUUUAAUACAAAUUCGUCAGCAUCCAAAUUUUACACAACUUGAACAAGAAAUUCAUGAUAUGUGUAAGUAUCAACGGGAUGCAUUAGCAAAAUUUUUCUCUGAAGAUCGUCUAUUAUUGAUCAAUGAACUUGAACAAACAAAAGAACAAUUGAAUUAUUUAAAAGUUAAAUUUGAACAAUUAAAACAAACACAAAAUCAAACCACAUCAACUAAAUUUUAUUCUAAAUAUUUACGUUGUGAUAAUUAUCGAAAAGCAUUAAUAUAUCAAAAACGUUAUUUACUUGUUUUAUUAACUGGCUAUGAAGACACAGAAACUUAUGCAUUAAAUGAAAUUCGACGUUUAACUGGUGACACAAGACAUAGUUCAUAUCCGUAUAAUUACGAUAAAAUGAAACUUAUUCGUCGACAACCAUUUCAACGACGUUUUACUGACUAUCGAUUUCGUUUUCGAUAUUACGCUCAAGUUGUGAUUGCUGUAUUUCGAAUGCGUUGGCUCGUCAGAAAAUGGGUCCAGAAAUUAGCUGAUUUUAAAUAG